AGCGUCCCGCGACCUUCUUCGCUUGUAGUACGCAUCGUUUUCAGUAACGGUUCAUCCAUGAGGCAUUAACGUUACCAAGUUAUUUUAUUUUAUCAUUCUUUGUCUUUGAGACGAUAGUGUACGUGCGCGCGUGUGUAUGAGUGAGUCACUGUCACUCGUAAAUUUUAGUGUCAUCUCCGUCAAGAGCGGAUUUGGAUGAUGUUGUCCUUCAGUAUAACGAGAAUGAAACCGCCACUGCGAAUUUGCGGAACGCGACGCUGCUUGUUGCAAUCCUGCGAGUCGUACGUUCGUCGGGGUUUCUGCAGCGAUACGAUCACGUCCGAAUGUCCUCAUACGUCGUCGUCUUCAAGGAUCGCGUCCUCGUCUGUUAGACCGUACGACGAAGUGCCGGGACCGCGACCGAUACCAAUAUUAGGCAACGCCUGGCGGCUACUGCCGCUGAUCGGCCAGUACCAAAUCUCGGACGUCGGCAAAAUCUCGCAGAUGUUCUACGAAGAGUACGGCAAAAUCGUGCGGCUAAGCGGUCUGAUAGGCCGUCCAGAUCUGCUCUUCGUCUACGACGCUGACGAGAUCGAGAAGGUGUACCGGCAAGAGGGCCCUACGCCUUUCAGGCCCUCCAUGCCCUGCCUGGUGCACUAUAAGAGCGUCAUACGCAAGGACUUUUUCGGCCAACUGCCCGGCGUCGUUGGCGUGCACGGCGAGCCAUGGAAGGAAUUUCGUACGCGCGUUCAGAAACCUGUUCUUCAGCCGAAGACUGUGCGAAAAUACAUAACACCGAUUGAAGUAGUUACGAAGGAUUUCAUAAGCAGAAUUGAGACGAUUAAAGGAGACGACGGCGAAUUGCCAGGCGAUUUCGAUAACGAGAUACAUAAAUGGGCUUUGGAAUGUAUUGGUCGAGUGGCACUCGACGUCAGGCUCGGAUGCUUAGGCGAAACAUUGUCGUCGGACUCGGAGCCGCAAAAGAUUAUCGACGCCGCCAAAUUCGCGCUGAGAAAUGUCGCUUUGCUCGAACUUAAAGCCCCGUACUGGCGAUACAUCCCGACGCCCCUCUGGAGUCGUUACGUACGCAAUAUGAAUUACUUCGUCGAGAUAUGCAUGAAGUAUAUCGACGCCGCCGUCGUUCGGCUUAAAAAUAAGAAAUCCGUGGACGAGAGCGACUUGUCGCUGGUAGAGCGAAUUUUGGCCAAAGAGACAGACCCCAAAAUAGCUUAUAUCUUUGCCCUCGAUCUGAUAUUGGUCGGCAUUGACACGAUAUCAAUGGCAGUGUGUUCCAUAUUGUAUCAAUUAGCGACUAGACCGGAAGAGCAGGAAAAGAUACAUCAGGAAUUAUUGCGAAUAUUGCCGGAUCCAUCCGUUCCUCUUACGACGAGCCACCUGGAUCAAGCAAUUUAUAUGAAAGCUUUUAUCCGGGAAGUGUUUAGAGUGUACUCGACUGUUAUCGGAAAUGGAAGAACAUUACAGAACGACACCGUCAUUUGUGGCUAUAAAAUUCCCAAAGGUAUUCAAGUUGUGUUUCCAACCCUUGUCACCGGUAAUAUGGAGGAAUACGUUACGGAUGCGAAGACGUUCAAGCCUGCGAGAUGGCUCAAGGACUUUGACAAUCAGAGCCUACAUCCAUUUGCAUCGUUGCCGUACGGUUACGGGGCACGAAUGUGCUUGGGCAGAAGGUUCGCCGACCUCGAGAUCCAAGUGCUUCUCGCAAAGCUCCUGAGAUCGUAUAAACUGGAGUAUCAUCAUCAGCCGCUAAAAUAUAAGGUCACGUUCAUGUACGCGCCCGAUGGAGAACUUAAAUUUAAAGUUAUAAAAAGAUAGUAUUCUGCAAGUAUAAUACGAUAUUGUAAAAUAACAUAUAGUUAAUCUGUAAGUUUUGAGAUAUUUUCUUCGCUUUAACAUACUGCGUAAAUUUAU